AUGGCAGCCCCUAGUGAGACCUACACUCCGGCAUUUCCUCCAAAAACCAAGCCUCACAUUUCAACCGGCAUCCCCUUUCCUGAAGCAUGUGUCCAUCACAUCAAAGACACAUUCCAUGCCUCAAAGAUCUACAUAAUUGUAUCGAACUCUAUUAGCAAGACUUCCAAUUUUAGCUCUCUUCAAGAACAUCUUGGUGAUCUGGUUGUGGGCGUGAGAUAUGGAAUCAAGCCGCACACACCAUGGGAUGAUGUUUUGGAAAUCGUACAAGACAUGCGAGAGAAAGAAGCAGAUAUCAUUGUUACACUUGGAGCUGGAUCACUUACUGAUGGAGCAAAACUCAUCUCAUUCGCAUUAGCAAACAAUGUAUCCACUACCGAUGAACUCUACUCUCUCUCGGCAGAGGCCAAAACCUCGGAUCUAAAGCCAUGCCAAGUCCCUAUAAUCAAUAUUCCAACAUCCCUUUCUGGUGGGGAGUACUCGCCCUUUGCUGGUGCGACCAAUACUUCGACGCAUCAAAAGGUUUCCUUUAGUCACCCAUCGAUGGGCGCAUCUCUUAUCAUUCUAUCUCCUUCCCUGUGUAUUUCUACUCCUCAACAUAUCUGGCUUAGCACUGGUCUUCGAGCCGUAGAUCAUUGUGUCGAAGGACUAUGCUCGCUUGAUAAAAAUGUUUGCGCCGGAAGCGAUGAGGAGUUUUCGAAUGGAUUGAGAUUGCUUGUACCAAAUUUAUUGAUCACUAAGAAAGAUCCGACAAACGAGGACGCGAGAUUAAAGGAAAUGUGGGGGGUGGUGGAAGCAAUGAAAGGAAUUGGCAGAGGUAUCCCGAUGGGCGGGAGCCACGGAAUUGGGCAUCAGUUGGGACCACUAGGUGUUGGCCAUGGCGAGACGAGCUGUAUCAUGUUACCACAUGUAUUGAAAUAUAAUGCAAAACAUAGUAGCAAUGACGAGAAAGUUGUUGAAGGACAAAGAAAAGUACUAGACAUUUUGUGGGAGGAAGCUACUGUCAAGGCUGUGCUCAAGAGAAGCGGAUUGGAAAGGGAAACUUCCGAUGCAGGUGAUGUGGUUGGUGCUAUCGUGCGCGAACUUGGCAUGCCGAGAACACUGAAGGAUGUAGGCGUAAAGAAGGAGCAAUUAGAUGCGCUAGCGGAUAAUUGUUUGAAAGAUAGGUGGUUACCUACAAAUGCUGUACCUCUGACUAGUAAAGAGCAAGUGCUUGAGGUGCUGGAAAUGGCUGCCGGUUCAUAG